AUGGAUCAACCAGUCCCGGCCCAAGAUGUUGCGUCCACACAUGCAGGAAAAAUGAUCCGAGCUUGUGAAGGAUGUAACAGGAAAAAGAACCGGUGUGAUCGCCGGAAGCCCAUGUGUGGACUGUGCCAGCGCACUGGCGCCCUCUGUGUAUAUCCAUUGAAAAGAAAACAGCCAACGCCGAAGGUUGGAAAGGCUGAGCGACUCCCUUCGAGUGUCUCGAAACGCUUAACAGUUCAUGAUCUGCUCAGUCUCCUCAGCCCGGAGCUACGCCACAAGCUUCUGCCAACUUCGGAAAUAGACGUGUUGUCUUUGUCGAAUGGGAUUGAUCAAACUGCGACCGUUUCACCGAGCACUGCGCGGCGUCAUGACUGCACAUCGAGAUCAGGACUCAUAGAGACCCCUGCGCCAGACCUUGGCCCGGAGGCAGCUGGGUAUCAGGCACACUCCGUGCCACGAGGCACACAGAAUGCGGAUCUUGAUACCUGUACACAAGAGCUCCAUCUCCCCGAGAUGGAUUUGUCCUCAUUGGCGCAAACGUCUACCACGCCCAAACCCAGUGAUCAACACUUCACCAACGCCGGUUUCCGAGACGUCGAGAAAUUACCAUCUGCUAGUGACCAAGUCAAGUUAGUUGAUGUGUAUUUCUCCCGUGUGCAAGCGUGGCUACCGCUCCUUCACCGUCCACGGUUCUAUGCACGGUACAUUGCGCCAUCCCUAGCCCAAGGACAAUCUCUUCAACUUGACACACUGCCCAUGGAGGAACAAUUGCUGUUCAUGGGUAUCUUUGCACUCGCCGCAAGGUACGUUGAUACAGCACCCUUUGUCCAUACUCCCCCGCCCCAGCGUGGAGAACGCUUUUUCGUCGACGCGCAUCGGGUUUACGAAAAGCUGCGGCAAUCUGGAGCCCCGCCUAGUAUCAUUCUCCUACAAGGAUCUAUACUCCUGGCAUUUUAUUGCUUUACCUCCGGUCCAACGGGGUUGACUUGGGGGCUUGUGUCUCGUUGUGUGGAGCUCUCAUACGAGUUGGAUCUAAACUCCAUCGAUGAUGACCCAGACGAUGCGUCCGACUCCAGCCCAGAAGAAUGGAUCACCAAAGAGGGGUUUCGGCGCGUCUGGUGGCUCGUUUGGGAGCUUGAUACCUUCAACUCAACAACCUCACGACGACCAUGUAUGAUCAACAAGAGACGUGUAACGGUACAUCUGCCAUGCUCAGAUGAAGCCUGGUACGCUGGGACACCUAUUCCUUCUGCCAAAUUAAUACCCGAAGCAAAGGACGCUUGGAAGAGCCUUGAGAAUUGCGCCAACCAAGAUGAAAGAGCAUGGUACUUGGUGGUAAAGUACCUUUCGUCGAUAGCACAUGACCUAGCCCAACUGCCCGCAGGGGUGCUCUUGGAACAGAAACAGGAAUUGGGACUGUCUCUCUGCUGCCUCCGACUUGCCCUUCCUCCCAUAUUUCAUUUGAGGAGUAAACCAUUUCCAUUCGACAACACCAAUUUUGCUCGUGGGAAUUGGAUCAUUGCCUUGCAUCUCAUCCUUGCCGGCACGAAAUUGACGAUGUCGACAAUCAUCGAAGAGGGAUCCCCAGGUAAUAGCGAAGAGGUAGCCUCAUCCAGCGCUUCGGCUUCAAAGGCGCGCCUUGACGACAUUACAUUGAUAGUCAGCAAUUGGCCUCCGGACUUUAUUGCUGUGGCGCAUCCCUUUAUCGCUUGCACGAUGAUGCCAGUGUAUUCGCCAUCGAAUUCGAUGACGGCGACAAAUCCUUCCUCUCUUCCCCGCGACCUCUCUAGAUUAGUUCUGGCCCACUAUGCCCGGGUAUGGAAACUUGGAAGUGUCCUUGAGAACGUGAGGGAUAUGCUUCAACGGCCGGAGAAGCUGUCAGAAAACGAAGUUGAACUUGCACGCCGUUUCGCAGCCGUCUUCCCUCGCAAGACCACCAAGAGGACGUAUAAAGAACAUCGUCCGAUUUGCUCAUCAAACAUCUCAGAUGGCUCUUCAUCGUCCUGUGAACCUUCACCCGAAAGCAUCAUUCGGAGGCACAAUGUACUUCCCGAUAUUGAUCAGCAGAGUUCUGAUUCAAACCCUGAAGACACCAGCGAGACGAUACAGAAUCCAUCUUCCAUGCGUCCGGCCGAUGGUGAAGACUUCAAUGUCUUUACACUCGACUCAUCAAUUGCAGAGAGGGACUGGCAGGCCGAGCUUGACUAUUUUAGUGCACCACUCGAUCCAUUCGUAAGCGACCCGAUUACUCUGCUGUGA